CAAACGUCACUUUCAGAAGUUGCCACGAAUGCACAAGAUGUGGAAAGUAGUGAGCUGCACACUGUGCUUCUUUCUAUCUUCACAGCUCCUCUUACGGUCUGUCUGGGCCACAACGGAUGAGCUGGACGGAGAGGUCAAGAUUGAAGUUUUGUUUAAGCCCGAGGAGUGCACUCAAACGAGUAAAAAAGGCGAUCUGAUGAACGUUCACUACGAUGGGUACCUCGCCAAAGAUGGUUCCCAGUUCUACUGCAGUCGAUCAGACAAACAUGGGCACCCUCAGUGGUUUGUGCUGGGUGUUGGACAAGUCAUCAAGGGCCUGGAUGUCGGCAUGAUGGGCAUGUGUACCGGAGAGAAACGAAAAAUAACUGUUCCACCUGCCCUGGCGUUUGGAGAAAAAGGAAAAGAUCCAGUGCCGCCCAAUGCUACGGUGGUCUUUGAGGUGGAGGUCUACUCAGUGUCCAGGGGGCCGCGCAGUGUAGAAGCUUUCAGACAGAUGGACCUUGAUAAAAACAAAAUUCUCACUAAGUCUGAGGUAAAAGAACAUUUGAAACUGAGUUAUGAAAAAGGAGGGAAGCCACGUGAUGACUCUUUCUAUGAGAAGAUCAUAACUGAUAUAUUCCACAAGAGUGACCGCGACAGAGACGGACUGAUCAGUGCAAAUGAGUAUAAUAUUUAUGAGCAUGAUGAGCUCUAGUGUCAGAAACAGUUGAUCCUGGUCAUUUUCUUUUAGUUUUAUAUAUUAGACAAUCAACCAUGAACAGAUGAAGGAAAAAUCCACCCUCAGAUGUUCUGCAGUAGAUUCUGGGACUUUUUUUUUUUUUUUGGUUUACCCACUUCAGCAUGCCUACUUCCUACCCCUGCAUCUAUGGUUAAUCCCUCUUCUGUGAAAAGACUGUCAGACCAGUUAUCAUGGAUAAUGACAUGAAAAUUCUCCUUGAUCUACUGUGGCUUAGGUUGUAUUUCAUCGGUAUGUUGAAUAAAAGCUUCUGCCAAAUAAUACACAUACAUUUUUUUUUCUAAGUGAAGAGAAUCAGGGUGGAUUUUUCCUUUGAAGAGCAGACAGGGCGUAACUGUGUUAAACUACUUUGAGUCGCCAAUACAACUUUCCAAACCAGCAGAUACCAAAUAUUUAAACUGUGCAUCACCUGUGAAAACUCUUUCUUUUCUGCAAACACCACUAAAUUGUAGUAUAUGAAACGUUUUAUUCUUGUCUUCAAUCUGGUCAUUUGGUGAACUUGCAGCACAAUGAACAAACCACAAGAUUGGACAAUGUUGUGGGAUCAGUGGCUUGGAAACUGUAACGUGACUGUCAUGUGAGAACUGAAACAACACAAAAACAAACGGCUCUAACUUUCCCACCUCCCUGUGAAUUUUCUGCCCUCUAAUCUGCAGCAGUGCACCAGCCCACAGAGAGAGGUGACUGCAAUCUUCUCAGAGAGAAUGUCCAACAUGCAAAAGAAAUGAAAUGUGGCUGUGGUUUGAAUAGAAUCAGUCAUAAAAUGCACAUGCAUACGUGUUGUGGUUUGUCAAAAAUGUUUACAAGUUUUGUGUACAUUAUUUUGUGGUCAAAAUCAUGUUUAUCAUUGUAUUGGAGAGAGCCAUUGUUGUAUUUAGUAACAAUAAUCAACCCUAUCUGUGGAAAACUAGGAGUGGAAAAAAGAAAAAGGGGAAAUUUUGCAUUUGCAUUUUACUUUCAGCUUAGGUGAAAAUGAGGACAAAUGUUUUGUAAUGCUCAGUGUUUUUCUGAUCACAUUGACACUGACUAGAUGGCUAACUCUCACACAUGACAUACACAUUCAUAUGUCAGUGUUUCUUUUAUGUAUGACCAUUAAUAAAUGUAUUUUGUCA